AUGGAAGCUAAUCCACCAUCGUAUAGACAAGCCACAACUGCGAAUGCUUGGGACCUCGUUGCCGACUACAUCCCAUCCUCAGACCUCUGCUCUGCCGCCUUGGUAUGCCAGCAAUGGCAUACAACGUUCGCGCCACAUCUAUGGGGCAAUCCUGCUUCUCACUUUGGGGAUGAGAAUGAUAGAGUGUAUGUAGACUCAUACGUGUUCAUGUAG